AUGUCCAUCCGUUUGAUUGUACUAGAGAGCGCUGCACUCGGUCCAGUAGGUGGCCUUGCAGCGUGUGCUUGCUGCUUGAUUAUCGCUGCUAUUUGGGGUCUUUUCGCUACAACUAUUGCACUGGCCGUGUACACGAAGCAAUGGCGAGAUGCCAUCAGACAAGCAAACAACUUAAGCGGUGCUGGUGAUGUACACAUGUUCUUUAGUCACGCUCUUCUUCUGACUAUUCUCUGCGUAUAUGGCUAUCUUGGAAUUCGCCGAGCACUCCGCUCAGCCAAUUAA